GAUUUUUUAUCUGGCAACACUGGUAUUUAUCACCGCGCUUUUUGCUUGCCGCAUUUUUUGUGUUAGAAUUCUUGUUGUUCAUUUAUUUAAUGUGAGUAAUAUAAAACGGAUUGCGGAAUAAUGGCGGCCCUCAGCAAUCUGAAGCAGUGUCCGCCGUUAUCCACGCAGCCGGACUUGGCCCUGCGGCACAAUCACAUUCCGGAGCUGGAGCGCUAUCCGCGGAUAAACCUGACAGGCGAACUGCAGGCCAAUCCCGCGGGCCAGCGGUUCUACGGCGGCCAGAGCUUUGUGCCGGUGGACGAGGGCGUCCUCAAGCGGAUCACGCGCACUUUCUUCGACGGGGGCUUCUGGGAGUCGCUGGCUGAGGCGCGGAGCGCCAAGACCCGGGAGCAGGCGCCACUGGUGGCCCAGGCGGGCGAUCUGAUUGCCCGGCUCCUCGGCCUGGCCACCGGAUUGAAGCUGAGGAUAUUUCCGCACACCCAGCAGCUCAGUGCGGAGCGGAUAGCGCAGUUCGUGGAGACCAGGGAUUGGCUGAACAGCGAUGUGCGAUUCCUCGCCUGGAACUGGCACUUCUUCAACCUGGCCGUUGCCGGCGUGGACGAUGUGGUGCGCAUCUACUGCAAGAACUCAAACGCCGCCUCCGCCACUGUCUUAAAGAGCGCCAGUCAAACGCAGAUCACUUGCAUGGCCUGGCGACCGCUCUGCGCCGCGGAGAUCGUGAUUGGGUGUCGGCAGGGCCUGUGCUUCUGGGAAGUGGACAGCAGCCUGCACAUGGGACGCACCAAUGCGCCCAGCAAGGCAUUCCAGCAUCCCGCCAAUCUGCCAGUGACCUCGCUGCAGUGGAACAAGGACGGCACCCAGCUGGCCACCGCCUCCAUUGGCGAUCGCGCCAUCAUCAUCUGGCAGCCGGACAACGGCACGAUGCAGCCGCUGAAGCGCCUGGGUCCGCCCGGCUCGCUGCUCAAGUGGUCACCGGACAACGACUGGCUGUUCGCGGCCACCGUGGACCGGGUGUUCCGCGUGUGGAACUGCCAACGGCAGUGGACCGCCGAGCGGUGGGUGUGCGGCCCCGGCGGUUAUGUGCAGGCGGCCUGCUGGUCGCCCUGCGGUCGCUUCCUGCUCUUCGUCAGCAGCGCCGAGCCGAUCCUCUAUCGCCUGCAGUUCGUGCAGCAGAGUCUGCUCUCCUCUUCGGCGGAUGAGAAGGAGAUCCUGCCCAUCGCCGACCUGAAUGCCUGCAGCAUCGAUGCGAACCGCACGCUGAUUGGUGGUCCCGCCCAGCAGUUGGCCUGGGAUCCGCACGGCAACUACCUGGUGGUCACGUUCAAGUCGACCAACUGCAUCGCCGUCUUCCGCACCUUCGUCCAGAAGUUCGACCUGCAGAUCUCGGCGGCCUAUUAUCUGAGUGGGGAGACGGCGGCCGAGCAUCCCAGCUUCGUUUGCUUCCAGCCCCUCUACAGGGAUAACGAUCGGUCCGUGCUGACCAUCGCCUGGUCGUCCGGGCGCAUCCAAUACUAUGCCUUCGACUGAUCCUUACUUUGUAAUAUUUUAUUUGAUUUGGUUUUUGUAAGCGUUAAUACACAGAUAAACAGGA